UCAGUUUAUGGCAGGCGCACACGUUUCCCUGCAGGUCGCUGCGUCACCGUGAUCACUGGCGUUUGCUUUGAUCAGGAAGAGUCGACGCGGCACUGUUCGGUAGCAAGAGUUUCCAGCAACUGCUAAUAUGUCAGCGUGUAAAGAUGAAGACAAUAUUUCUCCAGGAAAUCAUCCAGAGGAUUUGGCUUUGGAGCUUACAUGCCCCAUGUGCUUGCAGCUCUUCUCUGAGCCAGUUUCUCUUCCCUGUGGUCACAUCUACUGCUCCGCCUGCCUGCAGACCAUGGGAGAAGGUCUGGACCAACACAGCUGCCCCGACUGUCACGCUGAGUAUCAGGGGACCACACCCCUUCAGAAGAAUGUUCAAAUGUGCGCUGCUGUAGAGACAUACAAAGCUGGUGCUGGGAAAAUCGCCCAAACGCCGAGCCGCGUCACGUUCGAGUGCAGUCGUAGCUGUGUUACGGAUGAGUCAGACACAAAAUAUCAGCAUGACGUAACAGCUGCUGAGGAGAGCCAAGAGGAUGACGCAGAAGACACGAUAAAUGUUGGCUGUAAUGUUGAAUCUGGAUCCACAAAGCACCCACAUAUUAUAAAUGAAGCAAAAGGCAGUCGCAAAGAUAAAAUGGAAAUGAAAGAACCUAAGUUUAAACUAGCAUCACAAGUUACAGAGUUACACCUAAAGUUGGAGAUGGCAGAGGGUCUUCUGAAGAAAGAAAAGAAACAGGAGUUUGAAGUGACCGCUGCUAAUUCUCUACUGAAAGAGGAAGCAGCCAAAUUACUGGGGCAGAUAGAGUGCUUGGUGCUGAGGUAUAGUAAGCAGGUGACGCAGAUGAUUGAGGAGGAGUUAAGACCAGGUGAGGCCAGUGUACACAGUAGAGUCGGCCAAGUGUCUGAGCUGACGAAACAGCUGAGGCAAGCUGUGCUCAGAGCUGAAUCCCUGCUGACUGAAGAGGAUGAGACUGCAUUUAACCAGGAUCUCCAGAGUCUACAGCCAUGUAUUGUGGAGUUGCUUGAAAAACCAGUGGAACAGGACGAAGAACUCGUUGAAUCAAAAGUAAACCCUGCACGAGUUUGUCCCAAGGUGGAAAAUAUGAACAAUGAGCUGAGGAAAAGACUUUCCGAGAUUCAACGGUCCCUCCGGAACACCCUCAACCCCUCAGAGGUGACCUUUGAUCCAGAAACCGUCCAUCCUAAUCUCCUUCUCUCCGAGGACUUGAAAACAGUGACUUUCUGUUCUGUCAAGCAGUCUUACCCGCUCUCCCCACAGAGGUUCACCAGUUUCUUCCAAGUCCUCAGCACCCAGAGUUUCUUUGAGGGGGACCACUGCUGGGACGUGGAGCUUGAGGGCUCUCCGUGGAUCGUUGGCGUGUGCCACAGUGACAAGCUACCGCGCAGCGGGCUGCCUUCUGCGCUGGAAAGCAACCGGAGCUCCUGGUGUCUCAUGUGGUUCAAUAACUUGCUGACUGCCUUUGAGCAGGGUCAAAGUGUCCCACUGAAGAGAACAACAGUGUCACCCAGGCUUGAGAUCAAGCUGAGCUUCAAGACUCACAGGCUUAGCUUCCACAACGUCAGCCCCAGCAGUGGGAAGACUCAUAUAUAUACCUUCAAGGCUAAUCUGAAUGAACCAGUGCACCUAGCCUACAGGAUGAUGUCAGGGGACCCCAAAGCCCGUGUCACUAUUUAUUCAUAAUUACAACUUAUUCAAAUACGCUGCAUGGAAAAUUUUAAUUUAUGAACGGAUAGCCCCUUGAGAUGAAUCAUCUCGUUUCCGAGGGGGUCCAACAAAAAAACAUACAACACAGUAGAAAACAGUUACAUACAACAUACAUAAUACAUAAGGCUCUCACACACAAUCCCACCCACACACCAGUCCCCAAGACCUACCACACCCGAAGAGCACAAGUAAACACUGCAUAUAAUACAGUAAUAACAACAAGAACAACAAUAUUAAUAAUAGUCAUUAUCAUCAUCAUUAUUAUACAAUAUAUGAAGAAAUAGAUACAUUAUAUAUAAAAUAAAUAAAUAAAAAUAAAAUGAGAAGGCAAUACCACUAGAGGCAACUACAUGGUUUAUUGAGGUUGGAAUAUAGUGAGUUUUUAAAGAGGUGUAAUGAAUUAAGUUUUCUUAUAUUGAUGGCUAAGUUGUUCCAAUCUGAUGGGGCUUUGAACUUAAAAGCAAUUCUGCCAAUUUCUUUAAACGUCAUAGGAACGAAAAAGCAGUGGUGUAAAGUAACGAAGUACAAGUACUUUGUUACUGUACUUAAGUAAGAUUUUUGAGAAUUUGUACUUUUAUUGAUACUUUUAUUUUUCUGUACUUUUACUUUUACUUCGUUACAUUUUCAAGGCGAGUCUCCUUCAUCCUCCUUCAGCUGGGGUUGCUUAAUGUUGUCACUGCAUACUACAGGCUGGGGGUGUACCUGUCAGCGGGGCCAAUGGGGUACAGCAGCAGUGAUGAGCAAAGGGAGAAAUUAAAAUGGGGUAAUGGAGACAAACGCUAAAGGGGUCAGAAUAAUAUCACCAUUAUUUAGAGUUGUAAGCAAAUUCUUGGAAUAAAGCCACUUUCGACAGCAUGACAAUGUUGGGACUUAAUUUCUUUGCAAUCCUUUUGAAAAUAAUUUUGUACUUUGUACUUUUUACUUUUGUACUUAAGUACAUUUUGUACCAUGUACCUUUGGUACUUUAUUAUAUUUAAUUUGAGGUACUUUUAUACUUUUACUUAAGUAAUGUUCUUAAUGGGUACUUUUUACUUUUACUUAAGUAAUUUUCAAGCAGAAAAUCUGUACUUUUACUUAAGUACAAUAUUUGUGUACUUUUUCCACCUCUGCGAAAAAGAAGGGUUGCUGAGUGUUUGUGAGAGAAUAUGAGGAUGGUUGGAAUCAAAUAUUGUUUUAAGUAAGUUGGAUAACUAAAGGGAUACAUUUGAAUAAUCUAAAAUAAUAAAUAUAUCUUUGGUCCUUUUAAAAAAAAAAAAAAUACUCCACCAAAGCUGUCACUCGAUUUCUCAAAAGACAAAAAAACUCACCUUGUGUACUAUGCUUAUGUGAAUGUAUUUAGGACACUUUUUUUUUUAAAGUCUUGUCUUGGUUUGGUUUGAAAAUAUGUGACUGAAUUAUGCUUCAAGGUUUUCCUGAUACACUGGUGCAGUGCUAAUAAUUGCAUGAUUUUUUUAAUUGUAUUUUUGUUCAGUUCUGUUAAUGCAAUGUAAUUGAUAAAAAAAGAAAGAGAAAAACAUUAAAAAUUGAGUGUGGUU